CCUUCCACAAACGAAAGCGUCGUUUCCGGACAUCCUGAGAUGCAGAUUCUGAUUCUGAUCCUCCUUUCCUUCGCCUUCACUUCUGCCGAAGCUUUCGCCGAGGGACACAGGGGCAAGACAGAGCUCAAUCAGGGCGUCCUUAAAGGCGUGUUGAAGUAUGGACUCGGAGGCGUGGGGAGAAAGCGCGUGGCGAGAGCAGGCUUGUGUGAGAAGCCUGAGACUCCCUCCUGUGAAGACUUUUUCGGUGACGCAGAUCCUUCUUGCUUUGGAGACAGAACUUCCUGUGAACUUAAUGACUUAGGAAAAUGCAGACUGUGGUGGCAAGACAGCUGCAAAUGCGACUUCAUUGAGUGGAAUCGCUGUGGGGAGAGAUCUAACACCUUCUGCUGCAUUGAAUGUAAGCACGACUUCGCGUCCGAGUGCACGCAAGGGGGGGGCGAAUGCCGCAAGACGUGCGCCAGGUUCCACCGGGCCCUCAACACCACGUGCUCCAGCCCUUCGUGUAGCUGCUGUUCCAAGUGCGAGAGCGUCUCCUGCGAAGAGGCUAAAGACGGUAGCAUGUGUGUCACGACCGCCUCUUACUGCCUGCAUGGUUACUACGUGGACCCUGACAGCUGCAACGGAGACUGUGUCUGCUGUAAGCCGUGUUUAGCCAGUCAACAGUGCCUGGAGGCUCACGGCUAUCCCGAGAACGUGAAAUUCGAUUGCAGGCCGGGAUAUCUAACUGCCGAUGUCUCCGGUUCUUGCAAGUGUUGCAAACCAGAGGACCAAGCACCUUGCCACAGGAACGGGGAAAGAAAUAUGAGUCCAGCUGACUUCUGCGUCCCUGAGAAAUGUCCUCCGAAUUACUAUGAGUAUGAGACAGGGUGCAGCUCCAACGCUGGUCGGGAAUGCCGAUGCUGCGAGGCAGGAGGCUGGCAAAGGUGUCUAAAGGGAACGAGCUGCGCAGAGAACGACGGAUGCUGCUCUUCAUCUGAUUGUCCUUGCUUGGGUUAUCACAACGUCACAGAAGGUUGCACCAGUCGAGAUGAUGUUGCUUGCACUUGCUGCCUGCACGAGUGCAAGCUGACGCGUUAAAGGAUCAUUUUUGAACUCCAGGAGUGGCCGUCACUAGUAUCAGAGCGGAACAGUAAUUUUGCAUCUAGAAUUUAUUAUAGUUCUUUUCCCUCGAUGAGAGAUAGUAGUCAUAUAAGACCUGUGGUAAAAAAAAUAUACUACUUGGAACUACUUGAGAGAAAAAAGCUCCUGACAUGUUAUAGGUUAUAUUUUUUAAACAUGGAUUGCGUUUCUUUAUUAAAGAAUAUAGUGAUUAUACAAUAUACAUUUUGUUUAUCGAUUUCAUUUUUUGGUUAUAGAUUAUACAUUUUGGUUGUAGGUUAUAUCAUUUGAUGCUGAUUAUUUAAUUAUACUUUAACUGUUUCAUUUACAACACAUUAAAAGGUUUUAAGAUGGUUACAUAUAUUAUUGUCUAAUAAUAACAAAGAAGAUUUAAAUAUAUCUAAAGAUUUAAAACUAAAAUUUGCUUAAGAUCACCGCAAUGAAUUUAAAAUUGUGUACUUAUAUAAUGUGAAAGAUAUAUAACAUUAUUCUUUUUGACAAUCAACCAAGUAACUUACUUUGCAGUUUGAAUAAAUUAAGAUCAUAUCAAUAGAUAA